CGAAAUCCAAAAAGUUACAAGUUACAACCUUGCAUGCAGGUAACGCAACAAACCUGUAGAUAUUCACAAUGGGAGAUAACUUAAAAAUUAAAAUGGCUGAGAAGGUGAUCACCGAAGAAGAAUUAGUUCAGAAACACAAAAGAGAAAGGAAAGAGCUUCAAGCACAAAUUCAGAUUCUAAAAAAAUCAAUUUGCAAGGGUGAUAAGAAGAAAAAGAAAGAGACCAUUGAAGAAAUAAGUCGUCGAGAACUUGAUUUAGAAACACGGCAGAAUGAGGAAAUGGCGAACCUAAAAUUAUCUCAUUUCACGAUCAAUAAAGCAGAGGAUGAUUCUGAUUUACAAAAUGUUGUUGAAGACAGUACAGAUGAAAAAUCAGUAGUUGCGUCACAAAGGGUUUCAAAAGCACAAAAGAGAAGAGAUAAGAAGGCGGAUGCUGAGAAGGCACGCAAUCGUUUGAUAAUCGAACAAGAAGCUUUAAAUGAAUUUGGAAAAAGAAAUGUUGAAAUGCAAACUAUUAGGAAGAUCCUUUGCGAACGAGAGUUAAUGAUUUAUGAGAUUCCGAGUGAUGGCCAUUGUCUAUACAAUGCUGUAGCACAUCAGUUGAAAUCCAUAGGAGAAGCACCAUUCGGAUUUGGAGAACUCAGGGCCAAAACUGCGGUGUACUUACGUGAAAAUAUGAAUGACUUUUUACCCUUCUUGUCAAAUCCUGAUACCGAUGAUUUGCUUUCUCCAGAGCAAUAUAACAAAUAUUGUGAUAAUGUGGCAGAUACAAGUGCAUGGGGUGGUGCCGUAGAGUUGCAGGUAUUAUCUCGUGUCCUAAAAUGCCCUAUUGAAGUCAUUCAAGCAUUUGGUGCAUCGUAUAUUAUUGGGGAUGAAUUCAAAAAUAGUAAAAAAGUUAUUUUGACUUACCAUCGACAUAUGUAUGAGCUUGGUGCUCACUACAAUUCGGUAAUCAAGUAUGUCAAGGACAAAGAAAGUUGAUAAGUCCUAAACUUAGUCAUAUUUUUAUUAAAAGCAUUGCCAAAAACGAUAACACUUGUUUUCCUAUACACAGUAUGGGGAUUUAAUUCGCGAUAUCAGUACGAACCUUUUAAAAGCUGCCAAUAUUUACUAAAAAUAGUUUUAAAUUAAAAAGUUCAAAACAACACAAUGAAUUCAUAUACCUUAGAUGAAAUGAAAUAUUUAAAACCAGGUAUUUCAUUAAUUGUGCAAUGUUGUCAAUUGAAUAUUAGGUUGAAAUGUUGUAAAUAAAGAUAAAUUGAAGCUCGGAUCUCAUGCUUUCAAUAUUGGAAAGUUUUUGGGUAACAAUCGAGAAGACUUCUAUUGACUACAUUAUUUUUUACUUGCGAAACUUUGGUUUAGCUAUCCGAGUUUCAAUUUUUUAUUGAUAAGCCGAAAAAAAAGUCACUGUCUCUUUGUGAUUCGACAAUAUCUACAAAUUAUAUCAGUCUACUGCCGAAAUGGAUUUUGCGUGUAACAUACACGUAUGUACAUAAACGUGUAUACUACCCUAUUGCUCUGUCUUUUGACUAUGUACAUUUCAAUACGCGCAAGAACAUACAUUACUGUCAAACUGUUCAG